CUCUGCAGCUCAGAAAGAGAGGGAGGGAGGCAGAGAGAGCGCGAGAGCGAGAGAGAGGAGGCCGGGGAUAAAGCACGGAGAAAGCCUAGAUCGGUUCCGCUGUGCGCGUGCAGAUGUGUACCGUAUACAAGGCAACGGCGCGUGAACUUGAGGAGUUUUAUUUGGUUCAAGACAAACCGGACAUCUCCUCCGGAGAGGACUGAAGGGGGACUCACCUGGUUGCUACGGGGACAGUUUUAAUAUUUUAAUCGGUUACCACGCAUCGCCAUGCCGUCCAAUACUACCACACUGCCACCAUCAGAGGACCCCACUACACACAUGAGUGAAGACAGAGCGGUCCAUGUGGGCCCAGAGGAGGGGAGUUUAGCCAGCCCACCCGCACUCUGCAGAGUUGAUAGACCCAACAGACAACACAACCACACUCUUUCUGACUCGUGUGAGAUGGCACCCCCCACACCCCCAGAGGAAGUUGACCCCUCCCCUCGCAGGAAACGUGGCAGGCGGAAAAUGGAGCCUCUGGAGCCGAAGGACCCCAACAUGGAGGGGGAAGGCAGCAGGCUGCGCAGAAGGCCGGUUCCCAGAGAAACCUUUCAGGCUGGAGAUCCUUUUUACGUCAGCAGGAGACAGAGAGACAAGUGGAUCAACCGCUGGAGUAGAGAGGCUGAGAUGCGGGCCCACCAAGAGGAUGUGAUGAGCGUGAUGGAGAACCUAUCAGAGCCAGAGUUUCAGAAGGAGGAGGAGCCAGCAGCCAGUUUAGCCACUCCCACACCCCAGCAAGACACUGACCCCGCCUCUCCCACCAUCGCCAUGACGCCAGAGCCUGUUGCCAGGGGCCACCGGGCCACACCCAGAGAUUCAGAGUACAAGGAUGGUAGAGGGUUUGGUUUGGGCUGUCUGGUGUUCGGGAAGCUGCGUGGGUUCUCCUGGUGGCCUGGGCGCAUCGUCUCCUGGGUGAUGAGUGGGAGGAGCCGUGCAGCAGAGGGAACACGCUGGGUCAUGUGGUUCGGAGACGGGAAGUUCUCUGUGGUGUGUGUAGAGAAGUUGAUGCCGCUGAGCUCCUUCUCCUCAGCCUUCCACCAGCCCACCUACAACAAACAGCCCAUGUACAGGAGGGCCAUAUAUGAGGCACUACAGGUGGCGAGCAAGCGUGCCGGCAGGCCUCUCCCCUCUAGUGAUGGUGGUGAUGAUGCAGAGGGUGGGGGGGCGGAGCUACAGAAGCAGAACAGGAAGUUGAUAGAAUGGGCCAUGACAGGCUUCCUGCCCAGCGGACCUCCGAGUCUGGACCCCCCUGAUGAGGAGAGACACCCAUAUAAGGACGUGUAUCCUGAGAUGUGGGUGGAGCCAGAGGAAGCUUACACCCCGCCCCCUCCGACCAAGAGGCCCCGCAAGAACGUUGCUGAGAAACCCAAGAUCAGAGAGGUCAUCGAUGAGGGGACUAGAGAGAGACUCAUCCAAGAGAUCAGACAGAAGACCAGGAACAUGGAAGAUAUCUGUAUCUCCUGUGGAAGCCUCAACGUCUCUCUGGAACACCCUCUCUUCAUCGGAGCCAUGUGUCAGAGCUGCAAGAACUGUUUCUUGGAGUGUGCGUACCAAUACGAUGAUGAUGGAUACCAGUCGUACUGCACUAUCUGCUGUGGAGGACGGGAGGUCUUGAUGUGUGGAAACAACAACUGCUGCAGGUGUUUCUGUGUGGAGUGUGUGGAUCUUUUGGUGGGUUUGGGUUCGGCGUCAGCUGCGAUCAGAGAGGACCCCUGGAACUGCUACAUGUGUGAAACACACAACACACACGGGUUACUACGACGACGCGACGACUGGCCGUCACGACUACAGGUGUUCUUCGCUAACAACCAUGAACAGGAAUUUGAGGCAGCCAGGUUGUACCCUCCUGUAGCAGCUGAGAGGAGACAGCCAAUCAGAGUCCUCUCUCUGUUCGACGGUAUCGCCACAGGUCUGUUGGUGCUCAGGGACCUAGGUAUUCAGGUGGACAGGUACGUGGCUUCAGAGGUGUGUGAGGAUUCUAUCACCGUGGGGAUCGUACGUCACCAUGGUUCCAUCAUGUAUGUUGGAGACGUACGCAACGUCACGCGCAAACACAUCCAGGACUGGGGUCCGUUUGACCUGGUGAUUGGAGGAAGUCCCUGUAAUGAUCUGUCCAUCGUCAACCCCGCCAGGAAAGGACUCUUCGAGGGUACUGGACGGCUGUUCUUUGAGUUUUACCGGCUGCUCCACGAGGCCCGUCCCAAACCAGACGACCACCGACCAUUCUUCUGGCUCUUUGAGAAUGUUGUUGCCAUGGGGAUCAGCGACAAGAGAGACAUCUCACGAUUCCUUGAGUGUAACCCAGUGAUGAUCGAUGCCAAAGAAGUGUCUGCUGCUCACCGCGCCAGAUACUUUUGGGGAAACCUGCCAGGCAUGGGGCGUCCUCUCACAGCCAUGGUGAAUGAUAGAUUGGAACUACAAGACUGUCUGGAGCACGGACGCACAGCCAAGUUUGGGAAGGUGCGCACAAUAACAACGCGUUCUAACUCAGUGAAGCAGGGGAAGGAUCAACACUUCCCUGUUUACAUGGACAACAAGGAGGACAUACUCUGGUGUACUGAGAUGGAGAGGGUUUUUGGGUUCCCGGUCCACUACACAGAUGUGUCCAACAUGAGUCGUCUCUCCAGACAGCGUCUGCUGGGGCGGUCCUGGAGCGUUCCAGUCAUACGACACCUCUUCGCCCCACUCAAAGAGUACUUCGCCUGCAACUAAUACACACACACACACACACACACACACACACACACACACACACACACACACACAUAUAUACACACACACACACACACACACACACACACACACACACACACACACACCUCAACUCAAAGAGUACUUCGCCUGCAACUAAUACACACACACACACACACACACAGACACACACACACACACACACACACACACACACACACACACACACACACACACACACACCUCAACUCAAAGAGUACUUUGCCUGCAACUAAUACACACACACACACACACACACACACACACACACACACACACACACACACACACACACACACACACACACACACACACACACACACACACACACACACACACACACACACACACACACACACACACACACACACACACCUCAACUCAAAGAGUACUUCGCCUACAACUAAUACACACACACACACACACACACAUAUAUAUACACACACACACAUACACACACACACACACACACACACACACACACACACACACACACACACACACACACACACACACACACACACACACACACACACACACACACACACACACACACACACACACACACACACACACCUCAACUGAAAGAGUUCUCAGCCUGGAGCCCAGCCCAUGACCCACAGGCCGAUGCCCAACCAGAAAGCUUCCAGCCCCCCGGUGUUAACCAAUCACAAGCCAGGAUACGCCCCAACCCUGGUGCUAACCAAUCACAAACUAAACCUGUUAUCCAGCCACAAAACAAUACUCCGACAACAUGGACUGUCUCUCUUCCAGUCUCUCUGUCACUCACACCUCAGAUUCCAUGGUGCUAGUUGACAAAGGUGCUUCAACACUCAGUGGUGCUUAAUCUCCUCUACAUCUCCCUCCUGUUAAUCAAAUCUAUGGUGCUACACACACACACACACACACACACACAUCACACACACACACAGGUCACUACCAGGUCUUUGUUCAGUAGUUUCAUUAGUUUGCAGUGUUUCUUUCUCUUCAGGUAGCAGCUUGUUUUCUACUGUCUCUAAGUACAGCGUAGCAGAGGGGUUAGAGGUCAGGGGUUAGAGGUCAGUGUUCUACAGUUAAGCGUUGUGGAGGUAGUUCAGCAUGACGAGUAACUAGCCUGAGACCUGAGGACUCAGGUUAGCGCCCAAAGAGAGCCUAGUCUUUAGUUCAGUGGGCUAGCAUGGUCUCGUGGCGCACAGACAAUCCAGGUUUACACAGCAGUCAGUCACACUAGUGGGUUACACAGUUUGCUGCACACACACACACGCACGCACGCACAAACACACACACACACACAUACACACAAACACAGUUGUGAUGAGCUGUUUCCAACCCUGUGCUCCGUCAUGCGCAAACACAGCUGUCUCCCAUGGUGCAGUGGGGCGUUAUGUCAUAAGGUGCUCGCUUACGGUAACAUGGUUACUAUGGGUUACCAUCAAUUACUAUCUGUCAGUAUAGUGAGUGGUCUGUUGUACUGUAGGGGGAGGGGCUUGGGGGCAGGGGGGUGGGAUGUUUAUUUGUUGUUUGAUGUGAUUUACUGGUGGUUAUUUGAUUGACAGGUGAUAAGUCAACGAGGCUAUCACCCGUUGAGAGUUUUAACAGGGCGGAGUCCAAGCAGGCUGUCACACACAGACAUGCACGCUCCUCUCAUGAUAAUGAUAAUAAUGAAAUGUGUUUUGAUGAGGAAGGACCGGUGAUGUUUCAAAAGGUGCUAAAAUAAAAUAAAAAUAGAAUAUAUCAGAUCUAUAGUUAGAAUAAGGUUGUCUUUCCAAUGGCUGUAUUUAGUUGUGGUAGAGAGUCAAAGGCAAUAUUAUGUACUCUUGUAUCUUGUAUGCAGAAUAACUACAGCAGAAUAACUAAAGGCAUUUUAACUUUGUAUUUGAACCUGUAAUGAAUAAAGGAUUCAUGUUUUAGCCUA